AUGUCUACUCCGUCGCCUUCGAAUUCGCCACAGGAUAAUGUGAAGCCUGCGGAUUAUAGAGAUGUUUUUGCCGCCCGACAAUCAUACACCCAACAUACAGAUCCAUGCGAACAAGCAGCAAAGGCAUCUUUGAGCUGCAUGGACCGCAACGACUAUAACCGGGACAAAUGUAUGGAAUUCUUCCAGGCAUAUAGGGACUGUAAGAAGGCAUGGCUGGAGCAGAGACGCGAGGAUCGUAGAGCUGGCCGACCUACGCCUAUGUGA